UGCACACACAGAAUCAAGCUGCAGGUACCACUGAAGGUGUGUUCACUUAGAGAAGGCUGGGAAGCAUGGAAAGCCUCUGUGCAGCAAACACCACUUUUGCACUGGACCUGUUAAGGAAGCUGUGUGAGAAGAAAAGUGGUCAGAAUGUGUUCUUUUCACCAUUUAGCAUUUCUUCUGCUUUGUCUAUGGUUUUGCUGGGUUCAAGAGGUAGCACUGAAGCCCAAAUACAAAAGGUGCUUUCUCUGAACAGCACCCAGGAUGCUCACAAUGGGUAUCAAUCCCUUCUGUCUGAAAUUAAUGAUCCAAACACCAAAUACAUCCUGAGAACUGCAAACCGGCUCUAUGGAGAAAAGACAUUUGAGUUUCUUGCAUCAUUUAUAGAGUCGAGUCAGAAAUCCUACCAUGCUGGCUUAGAACAGAUGGACUUCCUACAUGCUUGGGAGGAUGCCAGGAAACACAUCAAUGGCUGGGUGGAGGAGAGGACUGAAGGUGAGUGUUUUGGCAAGUGCCCAGUUGUGUUAAAUGGCAGCCAUGGUUUGGGGAAGAUCAAUAAUGAAACCAGACCUGUGCAGAUGAUGUUCAAGGAGGCAGAUUUUAACAUGACCUACAUUGGGGACUUCCAGACCAAAAUCCUUGAGCUGCCCUAUGUGGGUAAGGAACUGAGCAUGAUCAUCCUGCUCCCUGAUGCCAUCCAGGAUGGAUCCACAGGCUUGGAAAGACUGGAAAGAGAACUUACAUAUGAGAAGCUAAUAGAUUGGAUCAAUCCUGAAAUGAUGGACUCUACAAAGGUGAGGGUGUCUAUACCCAGAUUUAAAUUGGAAGAAAAUUAUGAUCUGAAGCCCCUUCUGAGCAGCAUGGGAAUGCCUGAUGCAUUUGAUAAAGGGAAGGCAGACUUCUCAGGAAUCUCAUCUGGCAAGGAGCUGGUGCUGUCUGAAGUGGUUCACAAGUCCUUUGUGGAAGUCAAUGAAGAAGGCACUGAAGCAGCUGCUGCCACAGCUGCAGUGAUGAUGAUGCGCUGUGCACUGAGAGUUCCAGAUUUCACUGCUGACCAUCCCUUCCUCUUCUUCAUCAGGCACACCAAAACUGGCAGCAUUUUGUUCUGUGGCAGAUUUUGCUGUCCUUAAGGAGCAUAUACCUUGGCACCAAAGGUGCCAUCACACAAUAAAUUUACAUUUCUC